AUGACAGAGCUAUUUGUGGCCUGCCGGUUUGCACAUCAGAUACAGACAAACCAGCAUGGAAGCGCUUCUUUUUCUAUUUCCUCAAUUCAACUACAUGGCCCCAAAGGAGGAAGCGUAUUUCAAAAUUCUGAGUCCAGAAGACUUGCAGGCACCAACGAUGAAGGACGAUAGUAGCAGACAGAAAGACAAGGAGAGGAAGAGCCGACUAAGCCUUUUUCUCACUAAGUCGGGCUCUCAUGAAAACGUCAGUCCCACUAAAAAGACGAAUACCACCACCAACAUCUCACCAGAAACAGCUUUGCAAUGGAGCGACUCCUUUGAAGAAUUGCUGAAGCACUCAGAUGGUGUGGAAAGCUUCUCUCAGUUCCUCAGGACAGAGUUCAGUGAGGAAAACAUUGAGUUCUGGCUGGCCUGUGAAGAAUACAAGACCAUUGAUUCAGACACCAAGCUGCUGUCCAAAGCCAAAUGUAUUUAUACGGUUUAUAUUGAUUCAGAUGCCCCAAAAGAGAUCAACAUUGACUACAACACCAAGGCAGCCAUUCAGAAGGUCAUAGCAAAGCCCACAAAGAGCUGUUUCGAAGCCGCCCAGCUGAUAGUCUACAGCCUGAUGAAAAAAGACUCCUACCCCAGGUUCCUCCACUCUGACAUUUAUCUGCGUCUCACCAGGAGGAAAGGCCCGGGGACCAACAUGUUUCGCAGACGGUCACGCUCCUGUGUGUUCAACGACAGGGGCGAGGCCACGACCGAACCUUCGGCCUGGUAGCGGCGGGCUGACGUGCGCUGGAGUAGUCGCAUACUCAGAUCGUUACAUAGGAGGCAAAUCCGUGAUUAGCAGCACAACUGUGGAAAUGCAACGUGUGGUUUGAGGCUUGUAAUUCACAAGUUUGCUUCCGUGUGGUAUUUUUUGCAACCACUUACAUAACACCGUGACAGCUUGCCAAUGAUAAAAAGAUUUGAAUAGUUCUAAAUCUUGGGAAAUACGCUUAUUUGCUUUCAUGCGGAGAGCGAAUCGAGAGGCCUGACACCACUCGCCUAUCACGCAGCUUCUUCUUCUCACCCGGGCUAGAAAGUGCACACAUUUCCCAAGAUAUCAAACCUAUACUACACCGCUGGAUAACAGCUGACACCAGUAGCCUUUUUCGGACAAAAGAGUAUGUUUAAACAUGUUGAGAGGCCACUACGUCAGAGCAGUGUGGUCACAUGACCGUAACGGACCCCCUCUGGCCAAUCAGAAUUGAGUAUUCACUUUGCACAUAUGGAACAAUCUAAGCAUUCUGCUCCUCUGAGGCACCGCACAGCCUGUGGAUUUAACCGUUGUUGAUGGUUUUAAGAUUUUCUUAAAAAUCUUGCAAAACUCAAAUAUCAUUGGGAAGGUUCGGGUCCACAUCUGGGCUGAAGUGCCUUCAUGCUACUGACAGUAUCCAUCCAGCCGCACUGCAGUCAAUGUGCUGUGUUUCAGCCCCGCAACACCAACUUAUACAACUUUAAUACAGUUGAUAUGCCAUCCAAGCUAAUUUGAACGUAACUCAUUAAAAUGGGCUCAUGAUUUUAGGCCUCGCGUUGUCCAACCCCCCUCCAGGCGAACUUCUCCAGGCGAACUCGCAGAGAAAGUUCGCACCCAUGGUGACUGCAAAGCACAUACACUUUUUAACAGGGGAUACAUAUCUCUCAUUUCUGUUUCCACUUCCACACAGAAAAUGCAUUUAUCUUAUCUGAAUACUAAUAUGACAUUAUAACAAAUAAAAUUGUUUUUUUUACUUUCCUUUCAUCUAAUAUAAUUUAUUAUAUUACUGUGCUCAUAUGUGUUGCUUUGCUGUUGUAAAAUGUACAUACCAAAUUCAAAUAAACACUUAGGAAAAUGUUUA